AUGUCAGCUCAGCAACCUGCGCAGUUUAUUAAUCUUGGCAACACUGCCCAGAUGGAACGUCUGAAUGGUAAGAACUACCUGACUUGGGCUCUCAAGCUUGAACUGGUUCUAAAAUGUGAUAGACUUCGGCACUGUGUGGAAACUGGUUUGAAUCCACAACCCUCUGAGCAGGAACGUGAAGAGGAUGAUAGAGCCAGAGAGCACAUUUUGUUGGCUCCAGAGGAACCACAGGUCCUGCACAUUGCAGAUUUGGACUCUGCCAAACAAUAUUGGGAUCAUCUAUGUCAGAUGCACCUGUCUGACAGUGUUGGUUCAAUAACUGGACUAACUAGGAGACUGCAUAGAACUGUGCUACCUGAAGGUGGAUGUUUAACUACACACCUCCAGACUUUGCACAUGUUAUUCCUCCUGUUGCAAAGGAGAGGUAAAAGAUUUCCAGACCUGGAUCAAGUCUAUAUCCCACUAUCCAGUCUCCCACCAAGGUUUAAUAUUGUGAUAGCCUCUCUUGAAAGCAUGAG